AGGCGGGGCGGGGGGCGAGCAGCAGGACCCGGAUGCCGGCGGGCUAUGGAGUUCCACUUCGAUGUGGACGCGCUGCUCGGGGAGCGGGUCACGGCGGUGGACCAGCACCUCCAGCCGCCGGGCCGCAGGGGGCCCGGCUACACCGCGGCCCAUAGGGUGGAUCUGCAGCAGCAGCUCAUGACCAUCAUAGACGAGAUGGGCAAGGCCUCGGCCAAGGCCCAGAACCUGCCGGUCCCAAUCACCAGCGCCUCACGGAUGCAGACAAACCACCACGUUCUCUACAUCCUGAAGGACAAUGAAGUGAAGACAGCGGGGAAAGGGGCCAUAAUCGGCUUCCUCAAGGUCGGCUACAAGAAGCUCUUCCUGCUGGAUCGCCAUGGGGCUCACAACGAGGUGGAGCCGCUGUGCGUGCUGGACUUCUAUAUCCACGAGUCACUGCAGAGGCACGGCUACGGGAAGGAGCUCUUUCAGUGCAUGCUGCAGCGCGAGCGAGUGCAGCCCCACCAGUUGGCCGUGGACCGCCCCUCGGAGAAACUCCUCUGCUUCCUCCGCAAGCACUACAACCUGCAGGGGACCAUCCCCCAGGUGAACAACUUUGUGAUCUUCGAGGGCUUCUUUGCCGACCAGCAUGCUCCGGUGAGGAAGUUGCCUUCAAAACGUGCCGAGGAGGAGAUAAAACCCUACUCUCUAACAGACCGAGAGUUCCUGAAGGAGGAGGUGGAGCCACCCUGGCCCUUCAACCAGUCGCAUUCGCUGAACCGCUCCAGCAGCCUGGGGAACUCGCCGGUUCGCACCUGCCUCAAGCCCUUCCUCAACGAGCAGGAGCUGCUGCGGAACCUGCGCCUCUGCCCCCCACACGCGGCCGCCCACCACCUGCUCAACGGCGAGCAGGGCGAGCCGGCCGCCCAGAGGCGGAGAACCAGCUCCCUCACCCGCUCGGAAAACACCAGCCAUUGACGUCGCCGCUGUGUCCCCCACCCCCGUCCCGGCUUGGUCGUCCAUUUGUGUCUUGAGAUCUCGGCAAGGGGCGGGGGUUCAGCCCCAUCGCGCCUCCCCAGCCCUUUUUUAUACGCUUGGGGGACUGGCGCAGACGCCGGGUUAUUUCCGGGGCUCAGUGGGUGUUUUUCCUGGGCUGCUUGGUUUUCUAUGGAAUGAUCCUAAAACACCCUCCGAAGAGGGAUCCGGUCCCGUUAGCACGGUAGCUCUCCCCCGCCCCCUUUUUUUUAAAUAUGCGUAUGUUGUACUUUGGAUCCAAAACUCUCAGAGGUUUACAGUGGGAAAUCUGGUUCUGAUCGUUCCUCCCGUGCCGGAUCUCAAAAUGGGAUCCGCUGCUUGGUGCCUGAUAAGAUCCUCCCACUUGUGUUUGUCUGUAGGUGGAUUUAAAGCGAAGGAUCCACUGAAAAUUGGCAACCUUAGACUCAGAAAUAGGACCCCCUUGUUUGUCUUGGGUUCUAAGUGGGAUCCACUCUAGCUUGCCAGGGGACUCAAACUAGGUCUCCUCAAUCCACUCUAGAACCAGGUCCCCUUGCAGAUCACCAAUGGCUUACUUAAGGAUAGAAUCCAUGUGUGUUCCUUAGUGGGUGGAUCUAAAAGCAAUCCACUAAUUUGCUGACUUGAGAAAGGGAUCCCUUUAUUUUUCUGAGUGGCUGAAUCUAAAAGGGAUCACCAAAUGCUAACCUCAUAAUCAGAAAUAGGCUCCCCUUAUGUUUUUCGGUGGAUCUAAGUGGGAUCCAAUGUGGGUGGAGUCUAGAGCAAGGUGCCCCUUGUGGUUCAUGCUUGCUGGAUUUAAAUGAUUACUGCUGAUCACCAAUUACUGGUUAUGUUUCUUAAUUGGUGGAUCUAAAAGGUAUCUGCUGCAGGUCACCAAUUCCUGGUUUUAAAAUGAGAUCCCAUGUGAUUUGCAGUUGGUAGAUUUAAAAAGAUCCACUCUUGCCCACCAACAGAAGACUCUGAAAUAAAGUCCCUUUGUCUUGUGGUGUUGCUGGAUCUAAAAAGGAUCUGCUGCUGAUUACCAGUUGCUGGCUUCAAAAUAUGACUCCUUCCUUGUUUCCCAGUGGCUGGAUCUAAAAGAGAUCCAGUGCAGAUCACCAGUAGCUGUCUCCAGAAUAAGAUCUGCUUCUGUAUUCUCUUGAGUGGGUUAGAAAGGGAUGUGCUUCAUGCUGCCAACUACUGAAACCAAACUCAGAUUCUUUGAUUGGUGGAUCUGAAAAGGGGCCCACCUUAGCAACACCCAAGACCGACAGGCUCCUGCGUCCUCCAAAGGCGAUCCGUUACAUGUUGCCAAUUGCUAAAUCCAACAAAUAGAGCCCGCCCCCAGCUUCCUGGUUGGCUGGGCUGCCAUAUGGCUCCAUUACAAAUGCCUCCUAAAAAAGUUGUCUACAAAUUGCCAAUGGCUAGAACCUCCAGAGGGAUCCACUGUCUACUGUCAGAUCCCUCCGAGGGGUCCCUUCAGCUGACAGAUCCAUGGUAGGGAGCUAUGGAGGAUGCCCCCAAAGGAACCACUGUUAAUGACUUCUCAGUUGCUUUUGCCCCAGUUCCCCUGAAGGCAUCACAGCUGUUCGUAGGCAGAAGAGUCUAGUGGAUUAGAGUAGGGGGGUUUGAGAGCCAGGACUCCUUGGUUCUAUCCUCAGUUCUGGGAGUGGAGGGGCCUAGUGCGUUAAAGCAGGAAGGCUGGGAGUAGAGAUCCCUGAGUCUCUUCACAGACUCACAAUGUGAAACUGGUCAAGUCCUUUCCCUGCUCUGUGCCUCAGUUUCCCCAUCUGUAAAUGAGGAUAAAAUUAGGGCCCCAUCUCCCAGGUACGUCAUGAGGCUUAAUGAAAGUGUUAAUUAGUUAAUAAUUAUUAACACUGGAAAACUUUAGUUCUAAAUCCUCCCUGACCCCAAUCUGGUGCACUUAUUUUUAAAUUAUAUUAGAACCUGGAGGCCCAGCUGAGAUCAGGGCCCCUUUGUGCCAGGCGCUGCACAGACACACAGGGAGAGACAGUCCCUGCCGCAGCUGAGAUCAGGGCCCCGUUGUGCCGGGCGCUGCACAGACACACUGCGAGAGACAGUCCCUGCACCAGCUGAGAUCAGGGCCCCGUUGUGCCCUGCCUCAAAGAACUGACAAUCAGACCAGGCAGAUAAGGGAAGAAUUGUUCUCCCCAUUUUACAGAUGGGGAAACUGAGGCCAGAGAAAUUCAUGCCUAGAUCCUCAUCGGUAUGUAGAUACCUGUGAUGAAGUGGGAAUGUUCUAUAGUAGUUAUAUGAGACAUAUACAUGCCUCAGUUUCCCCGUACUCAGUGCUCCCCGUCAAUACCGUGACAGCGGCAGCUUCUUCCAAACAACGUAACCGUUGGUUAGUCACCCGGCACACGGCAGCUGGAGGUUCUUAGGUCAGCGUGGAGGAAAGAAGUUCAAGCACAGUGAACUCCAUGGUCAGGCACUGUCUCUCUCAAGCCGACCUCCUUCCUCCGCUCCCAGCUUCCUCCGGAAGCCAGUACUCCUCCCCCACCUCUCGCUCGUUUGUUCUGGGCUUUUUGUUCAGCUUCCUGGCAGAGGGGCGGGGAAAUCCAUGAAGCCCUGGAGCUCAGUCCUCCCUCACUGGCCCCCUUGUUAAUCUGGGUCAGUUUCCACCAGUUCUUUAAGGGCUCUUGGUUCCACCCAGGCAGGGAGGGGACCCCCACCUAUAUCUCUUAGCCUACUCUGAGAGCAAACUUAAAUCUGUUCCUCCACUGGGUACCAGUGCCACAUGCAGGGGAAACUGAGGCACACACAGGCCUCCAUACAAAUACUACAGAAAGUCCCCACUCCUUCACAAUGCCCAUUGAACUCACUAGCUGUUACCCACCUAGAUGCCUGGGAGGAUCUGCACCUCCAGGACUUGCCAAAGGUCACACCCACACAUUGGCAGAGCUAGGAACUGAGCCCAGAGCUCCUGGCUCCCAGCCCAGGGCCUUGUCCACCAGCCUUCCAGCGCAUCGCUAGCUCACUGGGUUGACAGUGUCUCUCUGAUCUCUGGCCCCGUUUGUCCCCUCCCAGCCACCCAGGGCUCUGAGCUGCCUUCGGUCGUUAGCGGGAACAUGAGCUUUUGUUUACAUUUCAAUAAAGUUUGGAGAUUUUUUUAAUUAUUAUUCAAAACCUUC